UGAGCCCGGUGGGCGACUCCGGGCCCGCGUCCCGCGAGAGUCGCUCACAUUCCGCUUCUCUCCUCAGGCGUGAGUGGCCGGCGGCUUGGACGUGCAUCUCCGCGGGCGGCGGGCAGCCGGCAGCCGCACAGUGGACCACUUGUGGAUCUGGUCGCCGUCACCAUGCCGAAAUAGAUGUUUGCCAGGCCUAAAAUAGCUGAUGAAAUAUCUGCCUUCUUCUAAUUAAGUUGGCGUAUUCAAGGACAGCAGCCACCUGACUGUUAUUCAAUAUGCACAGUGGACAAGGAUAUUGCAGUUAUUGCCAUGUGUACUAUAAUAACCUGGAACAGCAUAUGUUUAGUGCUCAGCACAGAAACUUGGCUACACAGAGCAGACAUCAGAUGGGUACCAGUAGUUUGAUGGAGCGUUUCUUGCAGGAUGUACUGCGGCACCACCCGUAUCAGUAUCAAGAAAGCAGAUCAGCACACAAUGAGAGACUUCUUAUGAAUACUGUGUCAGCCUCUGAAGUGGCUCAUUUUGAUGAUUGUAUUCCUGAAGAAAUGGCUGACAACACUGCUGGAUUCACAGGAGAGAAACCCACCAAGGGUUUUGAACCUAUUGAAGAGUUAUGUUCCAGACCUAGCAAAUCUCAGGAAUAUAUGAAGAAUGUUUCAAUUAGACCAUCAGUUAUUAAAAAAAUGGAGAAGGGGCAGCAGCAGCCCUUGGAGUUUGUUCAUAAAAAUGGAAGUGGUAUAAAAGAAUUUAAUCUAGUAGAUGUUGGUCAAGCUUCAAAUAGUGGACAAAACUUAAUAUCUCCCUCAGUGAUUUCCAGUGCUCCUACUAAUUAUUUAUCUGAAAGUUGUUAUGACAGACCAGUUACAAUUAGUGCUACUAGGUUACCACCAGCAGCGCGUCUGGAUUCAGUUGGUAAAUGUGAUCUAACCAAAGGCAACAGAUGUCUUGACCAAGUAGACAAGGGUUCUAGCAAUCCUGUGCCAUCAGGCUAUGUAGAAACUUCUUCAGUUUCACAUCAGAAUCCUAAAGAAACAAAUAGGAAAUCUUUAUGUAGAAAUUCAGGUAAAUUAUUUUUACAGGAAGUUGUAAAAUCUCAGGGUAAAACUUUGUCAACUGGCUUUCAAUUCCAUGAAAUUGCUGCUACUGCGGGAUCUUUCAGAUUUGAAUCUCUUUCAAAAUUAGCAGUAAACUCAGCAGUAAUCCUGAAUAAAACUGACAUGCCUUCUAAUAAAGGAAUCUUUGAAGAUACCAUUCCAAAGUACCAUGAGGAAUUCUUUUCUACUACAGAUUGUACCCAAGAAGAAAAGUGUUUGGUUUUUAGCAAGUCAUCCUUUUUGGAACAGAAGAGCUCAGUAAGUUCUGAAAUGAAAUUUGAUUGUGGCUCUCUUCCAUCAGUGACUGAUCAGCCUCAAGAGACUGUACAAGACCUGAACCUUUGGAAGGAAGAGCAAGUUGACCAAGAAGAUAGGAACUGUGAAUCUAGAGGUUCUGAAAUGAGUUUUAAUUGCAGUUCUUCCUUUCAUUCACUGACUGAUCAAUCUAAAGUGACUGCCAAAGAAAUAAACUUUUCAAAGGAAGUAUAUGAUGAUCUGCAAUAUAAGAAUAAUAAAUGUUAUGUUUCUGAAUUAAGUUCUGAUUGUGAUAGUUCUCUUUGGUUGGUUACCAAUCAAUCUCAAGUGAUUGUUAAAGAAAUAAGCCUUCAGAAGGCAAUGCAUGUUAGCCUGGUUGACCAAAGCUAUGAAUCUAGUAGUUCUGAAAUUAAUUUUGAUUGUGAUGCCCCAUGUCAGUCAAUUAUUGACCACUCCCAACAGCCUAUAAAAGAAGUAAACUUUUCCCAGGAAGUGCACAUUGGCUUGGUGGAUGAGAACUAUGGAUCUAGGAGUUCUGAAAUAAGUGCUGAUUCUUUCCCAGUUCAAACACUGGUUGACCGGCUCCCAGAGGCUGACAAAGAAAUAAAACUUUGGAAGAAGUUUCACAUUGGCUUAGUUGAUAAGAGCUAUGGGUCAAGUUGUUCUGAAACAAGUUUUGAUUGUGAUAUUUCUCUUCAGUCAGUAGUUGAACAUUCCCAACUGGCUGUCAAGAAAAGAAAUCUAAACGAUAGGCAUGUUGACCUGAAAGAUAAGAAUCAUAAACCCAGUGGUACUAAAGCACAUCUUGAUUGUGAUGUAUCUCUUCAGACUGAUGAACCUCAGAUGACUGCUAAAGAAAUAAAUCUUCUGAAAGAGAAUGCUGACAUUGUGAAUAAGAACUGUGAAUCACAUGGUCCUGAAAUGCAUUUUCAUACUGUUGCUCAGUUAGUGGCUGACCAAUCUCAAGUAGCAGUUAACGAAGUAAAUCUUCAGGAAGUGGAUAUUGACCUGGAGAAUAAGAGUGAUGAAUCUAGCAUUUCUGAUCUAAGUUUUGAUUCUCAUGCUUCUCUUCAUCAGUCAGCUAAUGAUCAACCUCAAGAGGCUCUGGGCAAAAUAAAUCUUAAAGAGUUCAGUGUUGACAUGGAUGUUAAGAGCUAUGAAUGCUCCAGUUCUGAGUUGACUUUUGAGUCCGAUCCCCUUCUUUUGUCAGUUACUGAGAAGUCUCAGCUGGAUGUUGAAGAGAUAAGAGAAGAGCAUAUUAACCUGGAAGAUAAGAGCUGUGAAUCUAAUAGUUCUGACAUAACUUUUGAUUCUGAUAUUCCUCUUCUAUCAGUAGUUGACCAGCCUCAAGUGACUGUUUAUGAGGAGGAACAUGUUGAUCUGGAGAAUAAGAGUAAUCAAUCUUGUGUUUCUGAAAUAACUUUUGAUUCUGAUUCACCUUUUCAUUUGGGAACUGAUCAAUUUGAAGUAGCUGUUAAAGAAAUGACCAUUCAGAAAGAAGAGCAUGUACACUUAGAAAACAAGAGUAAUGAAUCCAGUGGUUCUGAAAUAAGUUUGAAUUCUGAUGUUUCUCUUCAUUCAGUGACUAAUCCUCCUGAAGUAGUUGUUAAAAAACUAGAUCUUCGAAAACAAGAGCAAGCACACUUAGAAAAUAAGGGAAGUGAACCUAGUGGUUCUGAAUUUGGUAUGGAUUAUGAUAUGACUUUUCAUUCAAUGACUGACCAUUCCAAACUUCCCAUUAAAGAAAUAAAGCUUCAGAAGGGACGUGUACACUCAGAAAAUAAGGGUAAUGGACCUAGUGUUUCUGAAAUCAGUUUGAAAUCUGAUAUCCCUCUUUGCUUAGUGACUGAGUAUUCUGACAAAUCUAUUAAAGAUAUAAAACUUCAGAAAGAAGAGCACAGACACUUAGAAAAUAAGGGUAAUGGGCCUAGUAUUUCUGAAAUCAGUUUGAAAUCUGAUAUCCCUCUUUAUUUAGUAACUGAUCACCAUGACAUAGCUGUUAAAGAAAUAAACCUUAAGAAAGAAGAACAGGUACACUUAGAAAAUAAGGGUCAUAAAUUUGGUAUUUCUGAAACAGCUUUGCAUUCUGAUAUCCCUCUUCAGUCAGUGACACAUCAAUUUGAAGUAGUUGUUGAAGAAAUACACCUUCAAAAAGAAGAGCAUGCUGACUUAGAAGGUAAAAAUGUGGAACAUUUUGGUUCUGAAAUAAUUUUGGAUCCUGAUGUCCCUCAUUAUUCAGUGACUGAACCUCAAAUAACUGAUAAAGAAAUAAACAUUCAGAAAGAAGAGCAUGUUGUCCUAGAAAAUAAAAGUGAUGAAUGUAGUGGUCCUAAAACAAUUUUGGAUUCUGAUGUCCCUUUUCAGUCAGUGACUGAAAAACCUCAGGUAGCUCUUUUGAGGGAGGAUGUUUUUCACCCAGAAGAUGCGGGUACUGAAGCUAGAGAUUUUGAAAUAAAUUUGAAUAUUGCUCUCCCUUCUCAUUCAGUCACUGACCAACCUCAACUAGUUCUUUUAAAGGAAAAUCAUACUGAUCUGGAAGAUAGGAACAGUCUAUCUAGUGGUAAUAAAAUAAGUUUUGUUUCUGAUGACCCUCUUCAGUUAUUGGCUGAACAACUUCAGGAAGCAGUUACAAAAAUAAACCUGUGGAAGGAAGAGGAUAUUGGCCUGGAAGAUAAGAUUGAUAAACCAAAUGGUUCUAAAUUAAUACAUAACUCCAGUUUUUAUCUUCAGUCUGUGGCUGAUGAACCUGAAGUAACUGUUAAACAAAUAAACCUUGAAAAGGAAGAUCACGUUUACUUGGAAGAUAGGAAUAGCCAGUGUAGUGGUUCUGAAAUGAGUUUGGAUUCUGAUUUCUUGGUUCAGUCAAUAGUUGAUCAACCUCAAAUAACUAUUUUGGAGCAGGACCACAUUGAGCUAGAAGAUAAGCACAAUCAAUCUUGUGAUUCUGAAAUAAGUUUUGAUUCUGAUGACCCUCUUCAAUCAGUUGCUGACCAACUUAAAAAAACUGUUAAAAAAAUUAGACUUUGGAAGGAUGAAGAAGUUGAGUUGAAAGAUAAGAGGGGUGACUCUAGGAGUUGUGAAAUUAUAUGUAAUUCUGAUGUUCUUCAGUCAGUGGCUAGCCAAACUGAAGGAGUUAAGGAGAUCAGCCUUUGGAAGGAGCAUGUUAACUUGGAAGAUAAGAUUGUCAAACCUAGUAGUUCGAAAUUAAAUUUUGAUGCUGAUGAACGUCUUCAGUUUGUGGCUGAUGAAAUUCAAAACUCUAUUAAAGAAAUAAAUUUUCUGAGAGAGGAAAAUGUUUGUCUGGAUAAUAAGGGCUAUGGGUCCAAUGGUUCUGAGAUAAUUUAUGUUUCAAAUGUCCCUCUUCAGUCAGUGGUUGAGCAACCACAGAUUUUGAAAGGGGGGCAUGCUAAUCUGAAAGAUAAGAGCAAUGAACCUAGUGACCCUAAAAUAAGUUUUGAGUCUGAUGACACAUUCCAGUCAGUGACUGACCAAUGCCAGGCAACUGUUAAAGAAAUAAGUCUUUGGAAGGAACAGCACAUUUACCUGGAAGAUAAGAGCUAUAAACUAGUAGAUUUUGAAGUGACAUAUGAUUCUGAUAUUCCUGUUCAGUUUGAGGCUGAUCAGUUUCCUGUGGCUGUCAAAAAAAUAAACUUUCCAAAGUAUUAUAAUGACCUAGAGAGUAAGAGCUGUAAAUUCAGUUGUUCUGACAUAAAUUGUGAUUCUGACGUAAAUUGUGGUUCUGGUAUUCAUCUUUCAUCAGAAGUUGACCAACCUCAAGUACCUUCCAAAGAAACAAGCCUUCAGAAGGAAGAACAUCUUGUUGUUGAAGAAAAGACCAAACAACCUAGUGAUUCUGAAAUGAUUUGUGAUUCUGAUGUCCCUCUUCAAAUGGUUAAGCAAUCUCAAGUGUCAGUCAAAGAAACAAAUCUUCAAAAGGUAAUACUCGUGGACCUGGUGACCAGUGAUAGUGAUUGUGAAAUAAUUUCUGAUUCUUAUAUCCCUCUUCAAUCAGUGACUGACAGACCUCAAAUGACUGUCAAAGAAAUAAGCUGUGUAAGUGCAAAAUGUAUUGAUCUAGAAAAUGAGAGCUGUGACUCUUGUGGUUCUGAAGUAAGAGAUGUUUGUGAAGCUCCUCCGCGAUCAUCGACAAGCCAAUCCAAGGAGACUUUCAAAGUAGUAAAUCAGAAGGAAGACUAUAUUAUUCUGGAAGAUUCAAGCUGUGAUAUGUGUGGUUCUGAAAUAAAUUUUAAUGUUGAUUCCUCUCAUCAGUCCAUGGCUUUCCAAACACAAAGUCCUGAUAAAAAAAUGGAGAGAUCUAUUAACCCAGAAGAUGAGAGCCGUGAAUCUAGUGGUCCUAAAGGAAAUUUUACUUGGAAAGACUCUUCCCAAGCAGUGACUGACCAACUGCAAAAAGCCAACAAAGAAGGCAACCUUCAGAAGGACCUGGAAGAUUCUAGCCUAAAAAAUAAGAACUGUGAAUCUAGUGUUUCUGCAGUGGAUUGUGAUGCCUCUCCUGAGUCAGUAAUCCAUCAGAUGGCUGAUAGAAAACUUUGGAAGUUAAAACAUACGGCUCUAGAGUGUGAACCUUGUCGUUCUGAGAUGAAUUUUCAAUGUGAUCCCUCUCUUCAGUCUAAGCCUCAAGAAGCUGUUUAUAAAUUAGACCUAUUUAAGAAGAUGUGUUUUGACCUGAAAGAUAAGAACCAUGAUUCCCAUUCGAACUCUUUUCCCAUUGUUGAUUUGGUAAGGAACCUGGAAAAACCAAAUGGGGUCAUAGAAGAUGAUCCUGGUGAACCAGUUCUUGAAGACUUCCCUCACAUCCCUCCUUCAUUUGGGGGGAAAACGUGGUCUCAAAUAAUGAGAGAAGAUGACAUAAAAAUUAAUGCUCUUGUGAAAGAAUUCAAGCAAGGUCAUUUCUACUGUUACUUUGAUGAUGACUGUGGGACCAGGAAAAAUAAAAAAAAGAAUUUAAUAAAGGAAAAAAAAAUUACCCAGACUGACCUUAGUCGAGACACUGCAUCAGUUCAAGUGCUAUCAGAUUGUGAUGAUAUUGCCGAUGGUGUUUUGGAUAUUGAUGACUUUUCAAUGACCUUAGGUAAACCAUGCCAUCAUUCUCCAGCAAAGAAGCCUUAUAAGGAAAAAUGGUGCAUGGCUUUUUGAUGCCAGACUGUAAAACUAAGCCAUGGAACACAAACCAGUUUCAUGAGUUAUCCAGUGAUGAAAAGAAGAAUAAUUAGACAAGAGGAAAACUCACCAAAAAGGAAGUGUUUGCUCUUACAGAAUGACAAGAUAACAAAAAAGAAAAUAAAAAUUGGAACAGUUGAAUUUCCUUAGUCACAUAUUAAGUUUUUGAAGCCUUUGAUGCCCAAUGCCUUAGGCUAUAUUCUUUCUUCUCUAAAUAUUAAACUGAAGGCAGGUGAAUCCCUCAGCUUCUCUAAAAUGAGACACCAUAGUUACACAGAUAGUUGGGACACUAAUAUACGGUACAGAUAUAAGCAGGAUACCUUUAAGUAUUAUGAUCCAUUGCCUCAUCAAGUUGUAAUUAAUCUUCCUCUGAACACAGUAGUACCAGAGUCUGACAGGCAUAACUGGGUCAAAAUUCAUUUCACUGGAAGUGACCUAAACCCCUGGGCACAAAAUGAUGCUCAUGUACAAAACUCUGCUUUAGCAUCUCUUUUGACAGUAAGAUAUGGGUUAAAGUCACAUCAGGGGGCCAGUGAAUCUUCUGUUUUUCUAGAAAAGACAGAGGUUUUGAAUUCUAGUGAAAUUCCAAAGGAAAGUAGUUUCCAGUUAACUCUUUUAAGACAUGAUGUUUCCAAAAUUGUCCCCAAAUCAGUUAGAAAUGAGUCCUUAGAAAGUAAAAAUAAAAAAAAAAUGCAAGGAAGGAAGAUGACAAUUAGUAAUAAGCCAGGUUUUCCAAAAAAGGUUUAUAGACCUGUUAUUCUCCAACAACAAAAAAAAAACAGAAUAGCUUCAGAAAAACAGUCAAUUUGGAUCAGGACCAAACCAAGUGAUAUAAUUAGAAAGUAUAUUCCAAAAUACUCUGUUUUUAUGCAUCAUAGAUAUCAAUCCAGGAGCGCUUUUAUUGGAAUCCAGCUUAAGAUGAGAAAAACUGAUGUCAGUAGGCUAAAGAAGGUGAAGAGACCAGCCAAAAUGCUUUUAAACUGCUCAGUUCCAUCAGCUGGUACUGAAGAGCAGUUAAGAGAGACAGUGAGUUCUGCUCUGAAGCAACCUGUGCAGGAUUCUUCCAGCAUUGCAGAAAGAAAGACGAAUGGUAAUAAAAAUCACCUUAGCACCCAAAAACAACCUUCUAGACCUGUUAAAAUAUAUGAUCUGAGAAAUUUAAAAUCUGAUAGAAUGAGGACUCGGCUGUCAGACAAAUUGAGAGCUAAUAAAGUAAACUAGAACUUUUUGUGUUAAGUUGAAGAUUUAGUACUCCAGCUGAAAUAUAUUUGGUAUUGAAUGCACAAAGCUUUCCCAACUUUGGGGUGAAAAUUAACCUUGAACUAUGUUGCCAUAGAUAUUAUUUUUCAGAACUUUUAUCUUCAUUUGAAAUUAGUGCUUAGAUUCCUUUAUUUAUUUAUUUAAGACUCAGAAGUAUUCUUUGCCCACCAUUUUCUGAAAACGAGCUUCAUCUUAAUUUAUUUCAUAAUGUAAUUUAGCAUAGUAUAUAAAAUUUUGUUCCUCAAAUCAUGUUGCUUAUUUUUAUGAUUGUAUCUUUCUUGCCAGGAGACUAUAAUGCUGCAGGAAUAAAUACAGCAAACUUAUUAUUAUCUUUUUACUUCUUAAAAAUUGAAACACAUGCAUAUAACCUACAUUUUAUGUGUUUCAGAGUGAUAUUGUCGGUAUAGUAAUCCUAAGUGAAUAAUUAAAAAUGGAAUAUAAUAAAUUACCUCAACUUUUGACUGGGGUUGACUUAAAUAAUCAUAAUAAGCCGAAGACAAUUUAGCUUUCUUUUAAAAGCAUCCCAGAGAAUGAGAUUCCAUAAUCUUUAAUCCAGUUUUCAAAAGCUGUCUGGUAAUUUUAUAUACAUAACACGUUCCUCAUGCUCCAUUUAAAUUGGAUCUGCAAGUCUCUAACUUUACUCAUUUACAGUGCACACCUACAAUCUCUAGGUUUUCCAUUAGCAUUACUAGAUCUUAAGAGGAAAAUCUUGCCAGUGUGAUUAUGCUAUAGUACCACCUUUACUCCCUUUCACAUAAAGAGUUGGUGAUAUAAUAUGAAAAUCUAGGUUAUUUUAUGGCCUUAUCUCUUAAAAAUAUUUUAGACAUUACCGUAUAAUUUUUUAAUUACUUGAACUUAUUAUUUUUGGUAAUAUUAAUUAGGCAGGCUAUCAAUUGUUAUCAUUAGCAGAUUAUUUAUAAUCUUAAUAUUUUAAAAGAGUGAAUAAAACUAAUAACCUAAGUAGAGGCCCAUUUUGCAAAUGAAAAAUUAUGAACUUUUAUGUUAGUUUGGCUUUCUUGAAGCUUGCAAGGGAAAGUUAUUAAACUAUUCAACUGAUUUUAAUAGUUCUAAUAAAAAAUGUAAAUACGCAGUGUAAGUCUGGGGAACUCAGAAUAUAUUAAUAUCCUUUAUUCAGGGUUACUGGGUAGAGCUGUUACAGAUGUAUCCAAUUUCCUGUUAAGCCAAGAUCCUGGACCCCUUUCUAUCAUUAAUGUUUGAGGUGGCUUGAAUUUUAUUGAAACUAGAAUCAACGGUAAGAUAGAUCAUGAUUUCAGAGAUAUAAAAAUGAGUUAUCUUAGAAUUAAUGAAAUAUAGUAUAACAUUUGGUUUUAUUUUGGGGCCAUUUAACCUAUGGGUGUGUUAUAAUGGUAUUAUGUUGUAAUUUCUUCUACAUUUAAAUAGUAAUUAUAUUUAAAAAACUGGUAAAUACUUAUAUUUUUGGCUGCAAAGGGACAUUUGUGGCAUUUCUUUCAACUGUGCCUUCUUAUAUACAAACAUUUAAAUUUCCUUUCUUACAGUAUCACUGAAAGCCUCUAAUUCAAAAUGAUCCUCCAACUUUAAUUUAGGAAGAAAACUCUCUUCUACUGAUUAGGAAGUGAACAGUUAAUGUAUAAAAAUAGUCCGUGUGUAUUGCUGUCUUCUUAUGGGAUAGACACAAUUCCCUUAAGUACUAGUAAUAAACAUUCCUUAUGCUUCUAAUGUAAGUUGAAAAACGAGAAUGUAUGGAAAUAAUGUACUGUUUACACAGUAAAUGAGACAUUUAUUAUAUCACGCAGAGAGGACAAUUCUUAUAAUUGAAGUGAUUAAAAAUUUAGAGUUAAAACAAUUUUACUACCUUUUUCAGAUUGGAAACUUCUAAGUACCAAUUUUUAAAAAAGUAUAUAUUUAAACUUUAUUUUAUUGAAAAUAUAAGUAAAAUGCAGCAGUGGUGAUUUCAUUUAACAGUUUGGAAAUAUUUUCUAAUUUUUUAAAAAAAUUUAAAUUUUCUUUUAAUUUUUAAAUUUUUUUAAAUUCAGUUUCUAAUUUUUUGUAAUCAAUAAUAUUUUAGACAAGUUUAAAAACUUGAAAUUGUAAAAAUUAUAAUUUAAAUCAAAAAUUAGGAUUUUCAGAAUUUGGUAGGAUACCAGAUGUGCCCACCCUUUGACUAAGUACAUUUUCACUUAACUUGCAGAUUAGAUAAAACAAUGGAAUAUUUUCAUAUAUUCAAGAAUACAUUAAACUCCUUUAAUAGUGAAAAAUCACAUAACAACGAUAAUUAAUAUUUAUUAGAUUUUUCCUUAUGCAUUGUCUUGCAGAGAUUUUUAUUAUAAUUGCUCUAAGUUGUACAGUACAGACCAUUGUAUAAAGGGUGUAUUGCUUUUGUGCAUUUAAUUUAGUUAUGUAACUACGGCUCUGAGUGAUACUCUUUUUUUGUAAAGAGAAACUAUAUUUAAAUAUUCAAAUAAUGGUAUAUUUUCAUGUGAAACUUAUAUGAAGACUAAUACUAUAUUUUUUAUAAUGUAAUUUAAAUGCUAAACUUGCUUUUGAAGUUAUCAAGAUAAAAUUUAUUGUGUAUUUAAAUAUGUCUGUAUUUUUUCCUCAUGUUGGAAAACUU